AAGUCCCCAGCCUGUCCCCCACCGAGGCCGGGCGCAGUCCUUCGCUGCGCGCUGACCCCAAGGAAGGCAGCGCCUAGUCAGGGCCCUGAGGGACCCUCCACCGGGACGCCGGCCCCUCCCCGGGCCUCUGCUCACUUGCCCCCCCGCGAGUCCGUCCCCCUAGUCGGCCUGUCGGAUCGGGGACGUGGGGCGAGCUGAGAGCAGGCCCGGGGUGGGUGGUCAUCGUGGUGAAGACGUGGCUGUCAAGAUGAUAGAAGUACUGACAACUGACUCUCAGAAACUGCUACACCAGCUGAACACCCUGUUGGAACAGGAGUCUAGAUGUCAGCCAAAGGUCUGCGGCUUGAAACUAAUUGAGUCUGCCCAUGAUAAUGGCCUCAGAAUGACUGCAAGACUACGGGACUUUGAAGUGAAAGAUCUACUCAGUCUAACUCAGUUCUUUGGCUUCGACACAGAGACAUUUUCCCUAGCUGUGAAUUUACUGGACAGAUUCUUGUCUAAAAUGAAGGUACAGGCGAAGCAUCUUGGGUGUGUCGGACUGAGCUGCUUUUAUUUAGCUGUGAAAUCGAUUGAAGAGGAAAGGAAUGUCCCACUGGCGACGGACUUGAUCCGAAUAAGUCAGUAUAGGUUCACGGUUUCAGACCUGAUGAGAAUGGAAAAGAUUGUGUUGGAGAAAGUGUGCUGGAAAGUCAAAGCUACCACUGCCUUUCAGUUUCUGCAGCUCUAUUACUCGCUCAUCCAAGAGACCUUGCCAUUUGAAAGGAGAAACGAUCUGAAUUUUGAGAGACUAGAGGCCCAACUUAAGGCGUGCCACUGCAGGAUCAUAUUUUCUAAGGCAAAGCCUUCUGUGCUGGCACUGUCUAUCAUUGCUUUGGAGAUACAAGCACUGAAGUAUGUAGAGUUAACAGAAGGAGUAGAAUGUAUUCAGAAACAUUCCAAGAUAAGUGGCCGAGAUCUGACCUUCUGGCAAGAGCUUGUUUCCAAGUGUUUAACCGAAUAUUCAUCAAACAAGUGCUCCAAACCAAACGGUCAGAAAUUGAAAUGGAUUGUGUCUGGUCGCACCGCACGGCAACUGAAGCACAGUUAUUACAGAAUAACUCACCUCCCAACGAUUCCUGAGACCAUUUGUUAGUCGGUAAAUCUGGCUGUUAUUCUCCAUACAGAAAAAUUUCUAGUGUGAUCAUUUUUCUGCUACAACUGAAGAAUUAAAAUACUAUCUUCAACGCAAA